AACACCAUCACCGGCUCCCAAGAAAUGGCCGUUGCCAUCGGCUUCCAGUCCUGCGCCAGCGGCAACUGCUACGCGGCCGACGAAUACAUGGGCACCAUCCUCUACAACGGCGCCUUCAACCCCGUCUACCACGAAUACUACCUGCCGCCGUACGAGAACUUCACCGUCACAGUGCCCGCGUCGGCGGCGGCGGGCCAGGCAGUCAUCGGGGUGGCGCAUGCCACUUUGGUCGGGGCGUCCGCGGCCCCUUACUUGGAGGUUUUGAACCAGACGGUUACUGUUGCUUAG